AUGGGAUCCUAUAGUUUGAAGAGGAGCCUCCGGUCGGAGCACCGCGUAGACACCCACGUGCGGAGCAAGGGGCUGGGCGAUGGAGGGAAGACGGUUAAGGACCAACCGGUGGAAGUCAUCUUGCCAAAGCAACAGGCAGGCUUAGGAUGUGACCUACAUGUGGGUGGAGUCUCUGUUGUGGGAGUAGCCUGUGGAAGCAGACAUUCCUUCGUUUGGACCGACACUGGGCAGGCCUACAGCUUCGGGAACAACUUCUACGCUCAGCUUGGCUACGACUUCAAGAGGCCAGACUACAAGGAGAACCAGCUGACACCGCAUCUUUUCCGGACACUUCCGGCUCCCCGCCUGAGGGUGGCCUGCGUGGCCUGCGGGGAACGACACACGGUCUUUGCGCUGGAGGAUGGACGCGUGGCGGCGUGCGGGAUGAACGAAUACGGUCAGGUCGGCGGUGACUCCAGCGACUGCGUGGUCGUCCCCCGCUUCGUGGAUGGUUUGAGCCAUGUCUCAAAGGUCGCCUGUGGAGCCAACCACUGCCUGGCUCUGACAGGUGAAGGUGUAUUGUUCCAGUGGGGCUUCGGGAGCGCGUGUGGGAACUUCUCCGGGAACAUCCUGCGGCCGGAGGAAGUGAUGUCGUCGCCCUCCCCGGUGAGGGCCAUGGCUGCCGGAUCCUCCCACUGCUUGCUGCUCACUGCCAAGCGGGGCGGCGUGGCCAGCCAGAGAAUCGGAGAUUGUCAGGCUGAGUGA